CGGCGACAACAGCCGCACGGAGCAACACUCUUUGGCCGCGUCGCGUUCUGUGCGGAUCGCAGAUUCUGUGCGUUUAUUGAUUAUUCGUUUGUUCGCGCGCGCGCGUGUUUGUGUGUGUGCGUGUGUGUGCCUGUGCCAUCAUGGCGCGCUACUUGAUGUUUGUGACAUUCGCCCUCAUCGCAGUGAUGAGUUUCGCAGACGCUUUAAAGCUCCCUCCGUACAUCAAGGCAUGCAAAAGAAACGACCCCAAGCUUAACGAGUGUGGGCUCAAGAACGGCAAGGAAGCAGUCGCCAGAUUCGUCAACGGUGAUAGAAAAUACAAGAUCCCUAACCUGAACCCACUUACGUUGUACAACUUCGGCGUCGACAGCGGGAGCAGCUCAGUGGGCAUUAAACUGACCUUCAAGGAGGCCCAAAUCCACGGUCUGGGUGAUGUUGACAUAAGGUCAACUAAAUUUGACCUAGAAAAGAAGCACAUCGAGUUUGACCUCUUCUGGGACGUGUUCCACAUCCUGGGUGACUACGAGAUCUCUGGCAGGGUGCUGGUGCUGCCCAUCACCGGCAAGGGACCGGCCAACGUGACCGUCACGAACCUAGUUGUAACAUUCGGCUUCGAUUACGAACUAGUCCCCAAGAAGAAAGGCGGCAAGGAUCACGUAAGCCUGACUGAGAGCAAAGUCAAGUUCGAGGUCGGGCGCGCCUACUUUGACCUCAAGAACCUCUUCAAUGGAGACAGAUUAUUAGCGGACAACAUGAACCAGUUCCUCAACGAGAACUGGAAAGAGGUGACCAAGGAACUCGGGCCCUCCCUAGCAGACUCCAUUGGGCAGGUCAUCAGCCAAAUCAUCCAACAGAUCGUAGAUGCAGUGCCGUACGACAAUAUUUUCCCGUUAAACUAGAAUUAAAAAAAGAAAAAAAACAUACUUCACGCAUAUUGUGCUGGACCACGCGGACGCGGGUCUAAAAUGCGGGUGCUAGGCUGUGGCGUAUUUCGAGAGGUUGAGAACGGCUGUGAGAAGUUUAAACAAACUUGCACAGAAAUGUGCAUGACUCUCCUUGGAUGUCAAUAUUGUGUUGCCUCGGGUGACGUGCAUGACUGAGAAAGUGUAAUUGACGACGUAGAUAGUGGUUAAACUAUUCUGUUUUGUUAUGAAGCGGGCCACUGCUCUUACUUUAAAAAUCAGUACAAAAAUGUUGUUUUUCUCGAUAUGUGGAUUUAACUUUUCACUUCAAAAUCACCUCAAAUUUUUCAAAACAAAAAUGUGAAAAACGGAAAACUAUAGAAACUUUCGAAAAGUAUGGGACAUUUUUUACACUUUCGCUUUCUUUAUAAUGUAAGGAGAAGUAUUAUUUAUCUGUGAUGUUAUACUAAGAAAUUUCACAACCAGUACUAAAGGUGGAUUCAGAGUUCCCUAAAAGCAAGCGUGAUUCUCACGCAAAGCGUGAUUUUCACGCCCGGCGUGAUGAAAGUCGAUCCCUGAUUGGCUGCGAGAAGCUUACGAAGCGUGAAAAUCACGCCUGGCGUGAAAGUCACGCUUGUGUGUCGUGAACUCUGUAUCCACACUAAUAAUUGAAGUUCAAUGUUUCAAAACAUUAAAUGAAUCUUUUUGGAGUACAUAUUUAAGUUUGACUUGAUGUCAUUUGGCGAAAACUUUGCCUUCACUACUUUAAUUGUAAACAUUUUAAAUUUAAGUUAUUUAUAGUCUAACACGAUAGGCUUAAUUAUGGCGUGGAAUAAUAAACUUUUACAAUGAAA